AUGUCGGAGCACAAGAAAGCGCGGAUCCUGCUCGUCGGCAGCGGCGGGAUCGGAACCAUGACGGCUCUGAACCUCGAACAGGGCGGACUGGCCUCAGUCACGGCGGUCCUGAGAUCCAACUACGCGGUGGUCAAGGAGCGCGGAUUCACCAUCGACUCAUGCGACCACGGCACGUUCGAGAGCUGGCGACCGAGUGAAGUGCUCAACACGAUUCCCGACCUGGGCACUAUCAAGCCGUUCGACUACAGCUCGGCGCCGCCGUUCGACUACAUCAUCGUUACGACGAAGAACGUGCCCGAUGUGCCUCCCACGGUGGUCGACCUGAUCAGGCAGGCCGUCACGCCGGGCCAUUCGGUGAUCGUACUGAUCCAGAACGGCCUCAACAUCGAGAAACCGCUCCUUCAAGCCUUCCCCAGCAACAUCUGUCUCUCGGGCGUUUCGCUCAUGGGCGCCGACGAAUUGGCUCCAGGCAAGAUCCUCCAGAACGACAAGGACAGAUUGGUCAUCGGCCCGUUCUUCUCCGACAAUAUCGACGAGAAAUACCAAGUCGCUGCGGCGCAGGAUUUCGUCAGGCUCUACUCGGCCUCGGGAAAGGUCCAGUGCAGCUACGACUCGAAUGUCAUGUUCGUGCGCUGGAGAAAGCUCAUGUACAAUGCUGUCUGGAAUCCAAUCUGCGCAUUGACCGACCAGGACACUGGCCGGUUUCGACUGUGGUUUGAUGAGAAGGAUCCUCAGAACCCGCUCGAUCUGCUGGUCAGGCCGGCCAUGCAGGAGAUUCGGGCGGCGGCCAAGGCGGCGGCCGAUGUCGAUUUGCCGGAAUCGCUGGUCGAGGAUAUGGUCGAGUGCGACCCCGUCGAGAUCUUUUGUGCUCCGAGCAUGUUGCAAGACAGACGGAAGCACCGAUUCAUCGAGUAUGAGAACAUCCUGGGCGAGGCUCUGAGAGAAGGGGAGCGCGCAGGGGCCUCAAUGCCCACCAUCCGCUGCUUAUAUGGUCUCUGCAAGGCUAUCCAAUGGCGGACGAGAGAGCUGAACGGAAUGGUGGAUCCGCACAAAUUGCUGGAGGCCAAGAAGAGUCAAUCUGCCGCCUAG